AGACGGAUAAGCUGAUACAGAUUUUGACUUGUGAGACAACCUCACAAACUAGUAACUACAAACGGCUACAAUAGACUAUUCACUAUUCAGUUUUACUCUUUUCUAUGGGCACAAUAUUAGAAAACUAUUAAUUUCAUACAAAAUGGGAUUGAUGACAGUUUUGAAGAAAAUGAAGCAGAAGGAAAAAGAGAUGAGAAUCUUAAUUUUAGGUUUGGAUAAUGCUGGUAAAACCACUAUAUUAAAAAAAUACAACGGAGAGCCAACUAAUACAAUUGAACCAACCUUGGGUUUUAACAUUAAAACAUUAGAUCAUAAAAGCUAUAAACUAAACGUAUGGGAUGUUGGUGGUCAAAAGUCAUUGCGAUCAUAUUGGCGUAAUUAUUUUGAAAGUACUGAUGGCCUUAUAUGGGUUGUUGACAGUGCUGACAAGAGAAGACUGGGGGAUUGUACUAAUGAAUUGCAUAGCUUAAUUGAAGAAGAGAGAUUGGCUGGAGCUACAUUAUUGAUAUUUGCUAAUAAACAAGAUUUACCAGGUGCUUUAUCAUCAGAAGAAAUAAAAGAGGUGUUGCAAUUAGAUCGAAUUAAAACUCAUCAUUGGAAAAUAAUACAUUGUAGUGCAUAUACUGGAGAAAACUUGUUGGAAGGUAUUAAUUGGAUGGUUAGCGAUAUCUCUGCUAGAAUAUUCACUCUUGACUAAAAAAUGUUUUAAAAAUUAAAAUUAAAUACUUUUUGUGUACAACAAAUUGAGUUUAAACAUUCCUUCAAAAAGUGUUUGUAUUAUUUUCAUUACUGAUAAAAUAAUCGUACAUAAAUAUAAUAUAUAAAUAAAUAAUAAUUAAUAUAGGUACAUAACAUAAUAAAUAUUUUUAAUUUUAAUUUUGUCUUUUUUUAAAAAAUGCACUAAUUUUAUAGUAAGCUUAUUGUGUUUUUAUUAUAUUAUUAAAUAUUUAUAUUUUAUACUUGUUAUUUAUCCUGUUGUGUUUAACAUAAUAACAUAUUAACAUUUAAGUUUAAAUUGUAAAUUGUGAUGUAUUUUAUUUAACAUUCUUAUAAAUUAAGAAUUAGUUAAAUAAUAUGAUGAUUUAUGAUAUAAUAAAACUACUAUCUAAUA